CUCUGUGAUCUCAGUCCAGCUUUGAUCGUCACCACUAUUGACUCAACAUCCACCAAUCAGACAGAAGAGAAAAACUGACCAACCACAGACUGAGGGGUGUGUCUGACAGCUCUGAGACCCCGCCCACACAGUCUAUAUAAAGCCCAGAACCUGAACCAGGACAUGCAGACCUUGCAGAAGCUCACAGUCCAGUGUUUGCAGACCAGUCCUCAGUCCUGAUGGUGGUGGAGCUGAACAGCAGGGUGGAGGUGAUGGAGGGAAACCAGCAGAGAGUGGAGGCCAACAUCCUGCUGCUGGGGGCUCACAACGUCGGCAAGUCUGCUCUCACUGUCAGAUUUCUGACCAGGAGAUUCAUCGGAGAGUACGGAGACAUCGAGUCGGUUUACAGCCGAGUCGACAGAAUCGACGGUCAGAACAUCUGCUUUAACAUCUGGGACUCUCAGUUCACACAGGCCGGGGAGAAGCAGCUGCAGUGGGCCGACGGGAUGAUCCUGGUCUACAGCAUCUGCGACCGCGGCAGCUUCGACGUGGUCCGGCAGCAGCUGCAGCAGAUCCGCGGCGGCAGGAAGCCGUCGUCCGUCCCGGUCCUGAUCGUGGGGAACAAGCGGGACCUGCAGCGGUACCGGAGCGUCUCCAGCGAGGAGGGCCGGCUGCUCGCUCUGUCGCAGCGAUGCGGCUUCUUCGAGGUGUCGGCGGCCGAGACGUACCACGGCGCCCUGCUGGUCUUCCACCGGCUGGUCGACCUGGUCAGAGAGACCCGGGCCCUGAGGAAGACCAACGCCGGAGUCCGAGGGAUCGUCCGCAGCGUGUUCGGAAAGAAACGAGCCGAGUAGAGGAGGAAGGUUCAACACGUGAACGUUCUUUACCGAGUCUGACAUGAGCAGAUACCGGAGCGUCCGCCUCAGGAGAAAGGUCAAAGGUCAAAGGUCAGGGACGAGGUGGUCAGAGGCAUGUUGAGAGGAGCGUCUUCAUGUGAAAGUGUGGAGGGAAAGUUGGCGAAAGAAAAGUUGUAGAAAUGAUUCAGAGACAAGAGGCGGCUGCUGAUUGGACAGAGGGAAAGACUGAGCUAACUGCUGAUUGGACAGAGGAGUUCACAUUGAAACAUCUCAACAACCCUCAGACGGACUGAUGUUCAUGAUCCCCAGAGGAUGAAUCCCUCUGACUCUGGUGAACCUCUGACUUUCCUCUAGCGCCACCCUCAGGAUCACAUCUGUGGAUUUUUGUGGAUUUUUUUGUGGAACGUCUCAACAACCAUCAGAUGAACUCAGACGUUCAUUUUCCCCUGAGGAUGAACUGUCAUAACUUUUCCUGUAGCGCCACCAUCAGGUCACUGUUUUCAGGUCUCUGGUUUAUAACAUGGUGAAUAAUAUUGGUGAAGAUUAAACCUGACAGACAUCAACACGUCAGGAUCACAUUCCUGCUCCUCAGAGGAUGAACCCUCCCACAUUGCAGCCUGUAGGGGGCGCUACAGCGCCACAAGGCUUCACUCUGCAGACACAGGUGACCUGAGGGAAAUCAUGUGACCUGAUCAAGCAGCAGGCCGAUGAAGUGACAGAAUAGUUAUUGAUUAGAAUAUAACGAUGUCAUUAUGAGGUAGUUGGAGCUAAAGAACCUGAGUGAAGUUCAAAUGCAGAUCUGUAAAUUUUUACGUUGUUUCUGUGAAAAUGAAAUGAAUGUCACUGAUGAUGAAACAGACGAAGAGGCGUUCAGAGACGACGCUGCAGAUCAGUUUGUAAACACGUUGUAAACAGACGAUUUUUCUAAUAAAAACUGAAGAGAAACUGAGUCUGUCUUUGAUCCUGAUACAAACACAGUGAGGUGAAGUUGUGAGUCCAAGAAACUUUAUUGAACACGUCGCAGGUCGACAGCUGCACAACAU